CCUCCCUUUCACUCCACCCCCCCUCUCUGUUAUCAGAUGAGUCAGUGUGCGUUUGUGUUCAGUCAGUAAUGGCGUCUCUCAGCUUCCUGCUGCUCAGCGCCGCUCUGAUCCACGCCGCCCAGGCUCUACCUGCAGCUCGCGGCGGGGGGCGUGGCCUGGAAUUAUCAGUGGGCGGGGUCAGGCGCCAGCGCAGAGACCUCCGUAACCUGCUGCCUUAUGAGGAACAGAUGACGUCAUAUCAAGCCGCUCAGGGAGGAGGCGGGGCCGAUCGUCUGUACUACCAAUCAGAUGGCUGGGGGGGGCGGGGCUUGGAUCAGGCUCUACAGCGAUUGGUGCAGAGGGACCAGAAGCAGGAGCAAGAAGAGGAGCAGCGAGCAGCGUACCUGGCCGCUGUGCUCCGCCUCCUGAGCGAGGCAGAGAGCGCAGGAUUGGUCGAGCCGGGUGACAUGGAGGUGGUGGAGGAGGAGGGGGAAGAGGAGGAUGACCAGGGCCCACCAGGGGACUUCAAGGGGCCCGCGCCCCCAGACUACGAUGAGACAGGGCGGGGCCUGAACAUGGGGAGGCCCGCGGCGGCCUGGUGGGGCCUGCUGGAGCCCCAGAUGGCUCAGGCUCUGCUGGACAGGAUGGAGCCUCAGUUGGCUCAGACUCUGCUGGAGAGAGCGAGACCUCAACAGGCUGGACGGGGUUCAUCAGGACCGACACGAGGAGGAGACCAGGACUCUCUGAGACGUCUGGUUGCUAGGUUACUGUCUGGUCGCCUGUCACUCACGGCGGCUCAGCCCGUAAACUCCGCCCACAGGAGGAGCCGCCGCUCCCUUGAUGAAGCUCCUCCGUCGCCUAGCAACGACCCACCUCUGCUCAGAGUGAAGAGGCUGGAGGAGGAGGAGCUCCGCCCCCCUCCUGCCGGGCUGGAAGAACUGCAUCAUGGGAGUCGUAGGCGCCGGAGGAGAGCCGCCCUGAACUACAACCCCCAGAUAUUGAUCGAUCAGAUCCUGGAGUACAUGAGGGAGUAAGGAAAGGAGAGGAGAGGAGAGGAGAGGAGCAGGAGGCGAUGGAGGAGGAGGAGAGGAGGAGAGGAGGAGAAGGAGGAGGAAGGAGAAGAGGAGACAAGGGAGGAGAAGAGGAGGAGAGUAGACCAGGGAGGGAAGGAGAGGAGAGGAGAGGAGCAGGAGGCGAGGAGGAGAGGAAAGGAGAGGAGGCGAGGAGGAGAGGAAAGGAGAGGAGGAGAAGGAGGAGAGGAGGAGAAGGAGGAGAGGAAAGGAGAGGAGGAGAAGGAGGAGAGAGGAGAGGAGAAAGAUUUUUUGUUCUAUGGAUAUUUGGUGUUUUGCUGCUUUCUGUGAAAAUGUAUGUGAUCAGCUGUUUAUUGUGAAAAACAACGACGUCAUUCAGUUCAACGACUUCUAGAGAUCAAUAUCUCCAAAUAAAGAACUAAAACCUCA